AUGGAGGUUUGGAAGCUGUGUGCUGUUGUGCUCCUCCUCAGUCCCACCUUCAGGGCCCAAGACACAGUGGAAGAGGAUUCAAGCGCCCAUCAGCUAGAGAGUCUGGUGAUGCUGCUGACGCUGACAGAGUGCGAGGAGCUGGUGGAGGCUCUGUCCACUCCAGACGACGACAUCUUCAAACGACUGGAACGACUGGCCCCAGAGAACAACCAGCUCAACCUCCAGCCGCUAAGCAAGAGAAGCCUGCUGUCUGACCAAGGCAGUGAGGAGAAGUGCAGGAAGGCCCUGACAGACUGGUUACUGGAGAACGGAGAGGAGAUGUACUACGACAGACUCACGCGAUCUCUGCAGCACAUCGGGAGAACAGAUGUGGCACUUGAAAUGACAAAGAAGUUCAACGAGGACAAGUUGCUGAGUCUGACGCGUUACGUUGAAGACUAUCACAAAACCGUGAGCUCUUUCAAUGUUCCGGAAGAACCCACUGAAGCAAAGAAGAAAGUGAAAGUGAGGAACCUGAGCAGUAAGAACCUGGACCUGAUCCUGACGAGAGCUCCGGUGCCUCCAUACAUGUGCCGUCCUGUUGGAGAGGUGCCCGGGUGGGACUCGUUGGUGACAGAUGUGCUGGAACCAAAGCGUUUUCCGGUGUCGCCUUGA